AUGGAUACGCUCGGCAAACUAAGGGUUCAUCAGCUGAAGGCUGAGCUGUCGAGAAGAGGUGAAGAUAGUAGAGGACCUAAGGCGGUGCUGAACAAGAAAGCAGAGCACAAGAACAAGAAGAAAGAAGAACACAAGAACAAGAAGAAAGAACAACACAAGAACAAGAAGAAAGAAGGACACAAGAAGAAGAAGACGAAGAAAGAGCACAUGAUCAAAGAAGAACGCGUGUUCAAGAAAGAGCACAAGAACCAAGAAGAACACGUGUACAAGAAGAAAGAGCACAAGAACCAAGAAGAACACGUGUACAAGAAGAAAGAGCACAAGAUCCAAGAACACGUGUACAAGAAGAAAGAGCACAAGAACCAAGAAGAACACGUGUACAAGAAGAAAGAGCACAAGAUCCAAGAACACGUGUACAAGAAGAAAGAGCACAUGAUCAAAGAAGAACGCGUGUUCAAGAAAGAGCACAAGAACCAAGAAGAACACGUGUACAAGAAGAAAGAGCACAAGAACCAAGAAGAACACGUGUACAAGAAGAAAGAGCACAAGAUCCAAGAACACGUGUACAAGAAGAAAGAGCACAAGAUCCAAGAACACGUGUACAAGAAGAAAGAGCACAAGAUCCAAGAACACGUGUACAAGAAGAAAGAGCACAAGAACCAAGAAGGACACGAGUACAAGAAGAAAGAGCAUACGAACAAGGAAGAAAAGCACAAAAUCAAGAAAGUGAACGAAGGAGAGCAAGCAGGGAUGAGCCUGGAGCUCAGCAGCACGGGGACUCCACACAGGCUCUCCUAGCCCAUCUGGAAAGAAGUCAGCUGCCCAAGGCUGAGAUACCGAUAUUCACUGGAGACGUUACGAAGUACAGAUCUUUUAUACGUGCAUUCGACAGUCGGAUCUCCUCCAAAACUGAUGACGACGAAGAAAAGCUGUACUU